GUGCUAUUUGCUAUUUUCAUUUGGCAACACUGGUGCCGGCCUCUUGAAAAUUUCUCAAUAUUCCUUGUUAUAAAUAAUAAUAUUAAUUAUAAAUAUUGAAUAAUAAAACUAAUGGAUAGCAUAAUUGGACGCAGUCAGUUCGUGUCGGAGACGGCCAAUCUCUUUACCGACGAGAAGACUGCCACUGCACGGGCGAAGGUGAUUGAGUGGUGCAAUGAACUCUCAAUUGCGUCGGCCACCACCAAAUGCGAGCUGCUGGCCAAGAUUCAGGAGACUGUCCUCGGCUCCUGCGCGGAGCUGGCCGAGGAGUUCCUGGAACCGGUGCUGUCGCUGGCCCACGACCAGAACAUGGAGGUGCGCAAGCAGGUGGUCGCGUUCGUGGAGCAAGUGUGCAGAGUGAAGGUGGAACUACUGCCGCAUGUGAUUAACAUAGUAUCCAUGCUCUUGAGGGACAACUCGGCUCAGGUUAUCAAGCGUGUGAUCCAGGCUUGUGGCAGCAUUUACAAGAAUGGCUUGCAGUACUUGUGCAACCUCAUGGAGCCCGGCGACAGCGCAGAGCAGGCUUGGAAUAUACUAAGCCUCAUUAAGGCGCAGGUAUUGGACAUGAUUGACAACGAGAACGACGGAAUUCGCACCAACGCCAUCAAGUUCCUUGAGGGCGUCAUUAUCCUGCAGAGCUUUGCCGACGAGGAUAGCCUCAAGCGCGAUGGCGACUUCUCUCUGGCCGAUGUGCCGGAUCACUGCAAGCUAUUCCGCCGCCAGAAGCUGCAGGAAGAAGGCAAGAAUAUAUUCGACAUCAUGCUGCAGUUCCACGGCACCACGCAUAUCUCGUCUGUCAAUCUUAUUGCCUGCACCAGUAGCCUAUGUACGGUGGCCAAAAUGCGGCCCGUAUUCAUGGGCGCCGUUGUGGAGGCCUUCAAGCAGCUGAACGCCAAUCUGCCGCCCACUCUCACCGACUCCCAGGUGAGUUCUGUCCGCAAGAGUCUCAAGAUGCAGCUGCAAACGCUGCUGAAGAAUCGAGGUGCCUUCGAGUUCUCCGGCACUAUUCGUGGCAUGCUGGUGGACCUCGGUUCGUCGUCGAAUGAGAUACAGAAGCUGAUGCCAAAGAUGGACAAGCAGGAAACGGCGCGGCGUCAGAAGCGCAUCCUUGAGAACGCCGCACAGAGUCUGGCAAAGAAGGCGCGCUUGGCCAGUGAGCAGCGGGAGAUGGAGCUGGACACCGAGGAGUUGGAGCGACAGAAACAAAAGUCCACUCGAGUCAACGAAAAGUUCCUGGCCGAGCAUCUGCGCACUUCUGAGACCGUGGUGGAUCUGGUUCUGGAGUUUCUGCCACAUCUUCCGGCUGAAGUGCCUCAAAUGUUCCUGAACGAGUACACGCCGAUCCGCCAAAUGUCCCUGCAGCAGCAGGUGAGCAACAUAUCUAGAAUCUUUGGCGAACAGCUGACGGAGAAGCGUCUCGGCCCAGGUGCCGCCACCUUUAGUCGGGAGCCGCCCAUGAGGGUCAAACAAGUGCAGACGGUGCAGCCUAAUGAUGAUACUACUCCCAUGGAAGUCGACGACGAAUCCGUCCGCAAGAUGAGCGAGGAGGAACUGUUGCGAAAAGAGGAGGCAACCAAGAAGCUGCGCGAGACCAUGGAGCGGGCGAAGGGCGAGCAAACGGUAAUUGAAAAGAUGAAGGAACGCGCAAAGACGCUGAAGUUGCAGGAGAUCACAAAGCCUCUGCCGCGAAAUCUAAAGGAGAAGUUUCUCACGGAGGCCGUUCGUCGUAUCCUCAACUCGGAGCGACAGUGUGUCAAGGGAGGCGUGUCGUCUAGGCGGCGCAAGCUGGUCACUGUAAUAGCCGCCACCUUUCCGGAUAAUGUUCGCUACGGCAUCAUGGAGUUCAUCUUGGAAGACGUAAAGCAGCGCAUCGACUUGGCCUUUUCCUGGCUGUUUGAGGAGUACUCUCUGCUGCAGGGAUUCACCAGGCACACCUACGUGAAAACCGAGAAUCGUCCGGAUCACGCCUACAAUGAGCUGCUCAACCAGCUUAUUUUCGGCAUCGGCGAGCGCUGCGAGCACAAGGAUAAAAUUAUACUCCUGCGCCGUGCUUACCUAGAAGCGCCCAUUCUUCCAGAGAACGCAAUAGGGCAUCUGGUGCAGCUGUGCCUGGUAGAUGAGUUCUCCCAGUAUGGACUGGAGCUCAUCAAGGACCUGGCCGUGCUGAGGCCACCGCGGAAGAAUCGUUUUGUGCGAGCCUUGCUUAAUUUCUCUGUGCACGAGCGCGCUGAUCUGCGGGAUCGUGCCCUGGCACACCUGGUUAGCAUUUAUCAUAUCCACAAAAUCCUUCCUGCACGGAUAGAUGAGUUCGCUUUGGAGUGGCUAAAGUUUGUGGUGCAGGAGGCACCGCCGGCCGCAGUUUUCACGCAGGAAUUCGGGCGACCCACAGCGGAGGCCGCUUGGCGCGAGGAUACAGCCAAGGUGUGCCUUGGUCUGGCCCUCACCCUGUUGCCCUAUAAGCCGGAAGUUUAUGUGGAGCAAGUUAGCCAGGUGUUUGUGGCCACCUCCGCUGAGCUGAAGCGCACAAUCCUUCGCAGCUUGGACAAUCCGAUCAAGAAGUUAGGCGUGGAGGACCCAACCUUGCAGAAACUCAUCGAGGACUGUCCCAAGGGCAUGGAGACCUUCGUGAUACGUAUCAUAUACAUACUAACGGAGCGUGUACCGGCGCCCCAUCAGGAUCUGGUGCGCCGGGUGCGAGAGCUCUACCAGCACAAGGUCAAGGAUGUCCGCGUAAUGAUACCCAUUCUGAGUGGACUGUCACGCGCAGAGCUCAUCGCCCUGCUCCCUAAGCUGAUCAAACUGAAUCCGGCAGUCGUAAAGGAAGUGUUCAACCGGCUGCUCGGGAUCGGAGCAGAGUUCGCUAACCAGACGAUGGCCCUGUCGCCAACGGACCUCCUAGUGGCCCUGCAUACCAUUGACCCCAAUGUCAGUGACUUGAAGGCCGUCGUAAAGGCCACCUCCCUGUGCCUGGCCGAACGCGAGUUGUACACCCAAGAGGUGCUGAUGGCGGUGCUGCAGCAGCUGGUGGAGGUCAUCCCGCUGCCCACUCUAAUGAUGCGUACCACCAUCCAGAGCCUGACACUGUAUCCGCGCCUCGCCAAUUUCGUGAUGAACCUGCUGCAGCGGCUGAUAAUGAAGCAGGUCUGGCGGCAGAAGGUCAUCUGGGAGGGCUUCCUCAAGACAGUGCAGCGAAUGAAGCCGCAAUCCCUGCCGAUACUUUUGCACCUACCGCCCGCACAGCUGGUGGACGCUCUUCAGCAGUGCCCCGACUUGAGACCAGCAUUGUCCGAGUACGCGGAAAGUAUGCAGGAUGAGCCGAUGAACGGAAGUGGAAUCACCCAGCAGGUGCUGGACAUCAUAUCCGGGAAGGCGGUGGAUGUAUUCGUCACGGACGAAAGUGGCGGCUACAUCAGCGCUGAGCACAUUAAAAAAGAGGUUCAGGAUCCUGAGGAAAUUGGCGUCAUCUCUACAGUUCCCGUUUUGACAUCAUUAGCGCCGCAACCUGUUCCGCCACCCAGCAGCGAUCUUAAUCAACCGUUGCCGCCUGGCGAGGAUUAGCCGCAGCCGCAGCUUAAUUGUUUUGAUUGGCCUUGGACUUCUCCAAUCCAAUAAAUAAGAUUAAAUUAUGA